AUGCCCGCUCCCGAAGUUACACCUCUCCAUACACACGCUGAGACUACCAAAACAUUGGGGCAUGUGGCGCUCUCACAGGUAGACACAUUGAUCGCAAAUGCCACGAUAGAAGAUUUGCGCGCGAUCACUCGAAAUCUCCUCGCAACCGGCACUCCCAGUCUUGCAGCCGCAUUCACAGCCGCAGCACGAUCGCGUCUUCGUCAGACCAAUGCUAGACGUAUAGCGACAACAAAUGGUUUAUUCACGACUAGUCAAAAUGGUAUCCAUGCCAUUCCCACACAAGAGCUAGAUCAUGCCCUCGCCCGCGCCCGUUCUCUAUAUGGAGCUGGAAUGGGUUUUGCAAGUUUGGCUAUCCUUUCUUCUAUCGUCAAAGCGACUGUUGGUUUGAGAUGGGAAGAAGAUGGCGCAAUGGCCGAUGUUCUGGCAGCUAUCGAUACGGACAUUAGCCAAGCCAUGCAGAGUUGCAAAGAAGAACUGGAAGGUGGACGCGUGAGCGAUAUGGCGGUUCCUCAGGAAGCGAUAGGCAAUCUAUGGUCGGAUAUCGGGGAAAGUGCCAGGGACGUCGAAAUUUGGGGAGGAGAAUUUCCUUUUGACAGAGCAUCCAAUAGCAUCGAGUGCUGGAAGUUUUAG